AUGAGGGCCUCGGCCGGCCGGGCCUCGGCCGUCCUGCGGGCCGAAACUAGGUUUGAAACUUUGGUCCGCUGCACGGCCUCCCCCGCCCCCGCUCACCGGCCGGCGCGCUUUGUGGUGAGCGCAGGUGCGACGCCGCGGGCCUCGUACGCGCUGGAGCUGGUGCGGCUGCUGUGCCAGCACUUCGCCGUGCUCACCAAGCAGUCCAUCAUCACCAAGGACGCCUCGCUGGAGCAGCCGUACGUGCAGGCCUGGUUCGAGCGGCUGAUGAAGCGCGUCGAGGAGAGCGGCGAGACGAUGCUGGUGCUGCUGGACGACCUGCCGCGCGUCAACCCGCUGGACCAGGAGCAAGGGCCGCCCGCGCUGUCGUGGCUGCCGAUGCAGCUGCCGCGCAACAUCCACCUGGUGGCCACGAGCGCCGCGGGCCCGGACGCGCUGCGGCUCACGCCCGCGCAGCGCGAGCGCCUGCGCAGCGCCGAGUGCCUCGUGAUGCUGCCGCCGCCCGCCGAGCCGGGCCUCGAGCGCCACGCGCAGCAGGAGCUGGUGCGCCUCGAGUCGCAGUGGGGCCGCGUGGCCGUGGGCCGCCUGGCCGGCUACCUCGCCUGCACCGAGUACGGCCUCAGCGAGACGGAGCUGCUCGAGCUGCUCAUGCCCACGGCGCAGUCCUCGCCCGCGCCGCUGCUCCUCGAGCAGGGCCACUUCAACUUCUCCACCUUCUGCAGGGUGCGGCGCAGCAUGGGCUAUCUGCUGCUGUCGAAAGUGAUGUCCGGCAAGGUGCUGCUCACAUGGCGACACCAGUCCAUGCGGCAACUGUGCAAGCAGCGCUACUUGGGCGACCGGGACUCGCUGCAGGCCGCGCACGCCGCCAUCGCCAGCCUCUUCUUCAGCGAGUUCAUCGCCGAGGGUGACAUCGCCGACCUGGCGGAGGGGGACAACGACAACAUGGCGGCCGAGGACCGGAGACGCACGAGCACCCCGCAGGUCAUCCAGGAGGAUCCGCUCGACCGGGAGAUCAUCAAGGAGGAAGAGGAGGAGGAGGACGACACGGAUCUCAUCCGCGAGGAGGAGGAGGACGAGGAGGCGGUGGAGGCCGCCGAGCGCGCGGGCGAGCGGCGGGCCGAGGCGCGGAGAAUGCAGCAGCUCAUCCAGCACCAGCAGCAGCUGAAUCAAGACAAGGACGACGACAGCGACAGUGACAAGGACAGCCAGGACACCCCGUGCGACGUGUCGUACAGCCUGCGUCACGUGGAGGAGGCCUGGCUGCACCUGCUAGGUGCGGGCGACCACACACACCUGCUGCGGCACACGGUGUGCAGCUUCGACUUCCUGCUGGCCGCGGUGCAGACCGUGUCCGUCGGCUACCUGCGCUGCGUCCUGGAGCACGCCCGCUGCUACCUGCUGGACCGCGCGCUCGAGCUCGUCUACUACACGCUGCGCAAGGCCGGCGACGUCCUGGUGCGGGACCCUCUGCAGCUGGCCGCGCAGCUCGUGUGCUGGCUGCGGCCCGCCGGCCCUUCCCACCAGGAGCACAAGAUGGACCGGGACUCGCAGCCGCAGCCGCUGCCCGACCUGGUGUCGCGCCUGCUGUCCGCCUCCAUGGCGUGGUGCGACGGCUACAACGGCCCGCUGCUCGUGCCGCUCACCGGAUGGCUGCAGGCCCCUCUCCCUCUGCAGAUCAGAAGCAUGGUGUGCAGCCACAGCGUGCGCCUCGUGGAGCCCACCCCGUGCGGCCAGCACGUGAUCGUGGUGCCGGCCGGCGCGUCCAUCGACCCCCAGAUGUGGCACAUCAUGAGCAACGCGCUCGUCACCACCUUCAAGGGCCACCAGGCGCCCGUCACCUGCAUGCACACGACGCAGACGCAGCUCAUCACGGGCUCCAGCGACCUCCACGUCAUCGUCUGGAGCCUCAAGACGUACGAGAUCCUCACCAAGAUCCACGAGCACAUCGCGCCCGUCAUGUGCAUCACCCCCGCGCUGGGCGGCUCCGUCGUGGUCAGCGGCGGCGAGGACUCGAGCAUCGUCGUGGCCAACAUGAACACGGGGCGCAGGGUGAUGAAGAUCGACCACCACCGCGGCCCGGUCACCGCCCUCAAGAUCAACUCGUACGGCGACGUGCUCGUGUCUGGCUCCUCGGACCAGACGGUGUGCCUGUGGGCCCUGGACACGUGCCAGAUGCUCAACAUGAUCCAGGUGGCCACGGGCGUGUCGCUCAUCGGGCUCUCACCGGACUCGGUGUUCCUCCUCGUCGUCCUCAACAGCAACGAGCUGGUGCUGCACUCCACCGCCACGGGCACGGAGAUCCACGCCCUGCGCGGCCACCGCGCUAAGGCCCGGUCGCUGUGUCUGGCCUCGGACAACCGGCGCGCCGUCCUGGGCGGCGAGGACGGCAAGGUGUACGUGUUCGACCUGCACUCCGGGCGCCUGGAGCGGACGCUCGACACCCACACCUCGGCGGUGACGGGUGUGUGCUGCACGGAGAGGGACGACUUCCUGCUCACGGCGGGCGGCAACGUGGUCACGCUGUGGAGCUUCCGGCGCGACGAGGCGUCGGCCGCGGCGGGCGUGGCCGGCAUCCCCGGUGUGGCCGAGGUGGCCGUCUCGCUGGGGCCCGUGGCCGCGCGCCACGCCAGGAAGAUGUCGAGGAACAGCCAGGUGCACACGGCGCCCAUCACGUGCCUGGAGAUCAGCAGGGACGGCACCACCGCCGUCACCGGCUCGGUCGACAGCCUCGUCAACAUCUGGCUGCUCAGCCCACCCGAGCUGCACGCCACGCUGGAGGGCCACAUCGCGUCCGUCACGGCCGUGUCGUUCGCCCCCAACGGCCUGUUCUGCAUCUCCGGCUCCGAGGACAAGACGGUGCGCGUGUGGGGGCUCACCCUGGGCCAGUGCGUGGCCACGUUCAAGGGACACCAGAGCGCGGUCACGUCGGUGUGCGUGCUGGCCGACUCGCGGCGGGUCGUGUCCGGCGACCGCGCGGGGCUGCUGGCCGUGUGGGUGGCGGACGACGCCUCGCUGCUGCAGACGUGCUCCGGCCCGGGCUCCAGCAUCGCCGUCACCCACGACAUGAAGUAUGCCGUGUCCGGCGUGGACGACACCAGCCUACGCAUCUGGUCGCUGGCUCGCGAGGACGAGCGCUUCACGGUGAGCCACUCGCAGGACGUUACCUGCAUGGCGCUGAGCGCGGACUCGCUGCACCUCAUCACCGGCUCGAGGGACACCUCGCUCAAGGUGUGGCAGCUGGCCGGCGGCAAGCUCGCCCAGGUCCUGGUCGGGCACACUGACGACGUGACGUGCGUGGCCGUGGCCGUGACCAACAAGGCGCUCGUCGUGUCCGGCUCCAAGGACGCCAACCUCAUCUGCUGGGACAUCAACACGGGCAACGACGUGCACACCCUGAGCGGCCACCUGGGCUGCGUCACCUGCGUGCGCGUUUCUGGGGACGGCACUCUCGCCGUGUCAGGUUCCGAGGAUCGGACCAUCAUGGUGUGGGACAUCGGCAAGGGCACGCCACUCACAGCCCUGGUGCUCCACCAGCCCAUUCUGGGCCUGGCCAUGGCCUCGGAUGCAUCCAGGAUCGGCGUGCAGCUGCUCGAUUCCCGGUCUCUCCUCAUCGUGUUCCUCCACAACACGCCCGCCUCUUACGUCACCCUCCCUGCCUACGUCGCGCCCAAGGAGGUGGAAGACCUGCGACCGCCUCCACCUAAGCGAGCGGGGAGGCGCCUGCUGAAGAAGGAGGUGUCUCUGGACACGUACACGUGGCAGAAGAAGUACGGCCAGCUCACGUCCUCCAUCAUGAUGGCCGCCGUGGACGAACGACUCAAGAGACGCUUCUCCGUCUCCGCCUCAAUGGAGGAGAUCUCCAAGUGCAAGGCGGCAGCGCCGGCUCCUGGAAUGGGUGGUCCUGAACAGGCGGCACUGGCUCAGUCCCAACAUUUCGAUCAGUUAGAGGCCCUAUGGAAUCAGCGCUCACCACCACAGCGACGGAAAAAUCAGCUCAAGAAACAAACCUCCCUCUCAAGUUGUAGAGACAUAUUGGAUCAGGACACGGACAUCACCUAUGAGGAAGGUGACUGAAUAAUAUUACCUUCAAGCAACAAAACCGUUUCCCAUUUUCUAAAUGUCAAGACUGCUACUGAAGAACAGUCCUUAAAGGUGACACUUUGUGAAGUUGUAAGGAUGUUCACAGUCAUGUGUCCAACCUCUUUACUUUCUCUUUAAAUGGUUGUGAUAUAAAAAAAAUAUUGAAGACUUUUAUGGAGAUUUCUGUGGUUUACAAUCAUUUUUUAAACUGUUUUGUAUUGAGGCUUUUUUUGUGAGUGUUGGUAUAUCUAUUUCCAUUUUCUUAUAUGGACUUUACAUUUACAACAUGUCUUGUGGUCAAGCCAGUGAAGUUCUGUUUUUAAAAGUCUGUUCUUCUCUUGUUACUUAAGAACCACAAUAUAAUUUACGUGUUUUUGGCAAUGUCAAACAGAACUAAAUUUCUCAAUUUUGUUCAGUUGUAGAUUUUUGUGGCUUUUUAUAAGUCUAUUGACAGGCUACAUGUAUAUAGAACUUAUUUGGGCAAAUUUACAAACUAGUGUGUACCGCAUAGACACUAAAAUUUGAGCACAAAUUAAUAGUACAACAUGUAAUUUUGCUCUGACAGUGGAAACUCUUUAAACAGGUGUACACAUCCACUGAGAUUUUGUAAAACAAAAAACUGUUCAAUACUGAUUGGAGGCAUAGUUUGCAGAAAGCACAUUGCACACUUAAUGUAGAUAGUGAUACAGAUUAUGAUGUUAACUAUUAUUAAUAAUACAUUAGAAUCAUUUAAUGUUAUUACCUUUCUAGGG